AGUAAGUAGAGCAAGACACAAGAUAAACGUGAAUUGAUAAUAAUGAAUAAGAAAAUCAUUGAAAGAACUGCAUCGUUCAUAAAUAUCUUCUUAAAUAUGUUAGAAGAUGAAAAAGUGCGAAACUUAUCAUGAAGUUAUUACAAAAGAUAAGAAAGAGAAAACAGCAGAAGUGGUUGACUAUAUAGGAGUCUUAUGAGUCGUUUACUCUCACGAAGUCACACUCAUAAUCACUAAGCUCAAAAAACAGGCACACAUCUGAAUUCAUAAGCCGUGCUUUCACUAUGGCUCGAUUCAUUCAUGUUAUACUUGCUUUUCUGUUAGCGAUGUCCAUCAUAUCGCUUGUCAAUGGUCAAUGUGCGACCUUGUGUGUGGUUGGUAGCACGGUGGUCGGUUGUUGUCCAGCUUCGCACCCUUGGUGCUGCAGUAUCAAUGUAGAACUGCGCUGCUGUCGUUUCAAAGAGAGCGCAGCUGCUAUAUUUCUUCUUCGCACACAAAUGAGCCAAACGAUAGAGAUCGAUUCGAUCGCGCGUUUGGAACUUCCAACCAUUCCAUCAGUCAAGAAUUCUUAAGGCAGGUAGACUUGUUUUCAUAUUUGACUUGCAACAAUAAUAUGAUGACACGCACUUUUUGUAUAAUCCAUAAUAUGCUUCUUACUAUAAAAUAAAAACUGCUUUGUUCUUCUUAACAUUGAUUUAAAGACAUUUUUGUUGGAAAUAUCAUGAACGUGUUUUAUUGAGACACUAAACUGUUUGUUGAGGUAGUCAGCUAUAUCUCAAACACAGUUGAGAGGUAUUUUGUAGUAGAUUGUGAGAAUAGUAUUUUUCAGGAUGAAUAUUAAUCAAAAGUAGAGCACAGAUCCUUCAAUUUUUUUGUGUGUGGAUGCGAGCAUAACACAGCCAUUACACUCAGACAUCAUGUUCGGUGGAGUGCUACAAGAAGAAAGUGAAUAAAUGGCUAGUCACUGGAGUUGAAUCAUAAUUCGAUCGAAAUUAAGUGUAUUGACUACUAUUGAAUGAUGAAACGGAGUGUGAUUGUCUAUCGUGCCCUUUUCAUCUUAUUUGAAGAAAUAAAUCUUAUCAUACUUUCGAACGCCAUAAGAUCAGAAUUACGAUCAAAUUUAAUACUUCGAAGUGGAUAACGACAACAGAGUCAUGUGCACUGCAUCCAUUUGAAAGUUUUCAUUGCAUGAAAAAAUGCAUCGAAUUGUCUAUUGUCGACGAGUGAAAGGUGGUGAUUGCUAUAGUACUGACCCUAAUGUUACGUUUGAAUUGCUCUUAAUAGAGUCAAAUUUAUUCAUUUCCAAAUGAAUGCUAAGCAAGAUCUCGAGCUUUGAGGAUCCAACUAUACCACUAAAUAGUCAUGGAGUAAUAAACAUGUGCAUAGCCGAUCUUCUUCUUUCAGAGCUGUAUUCACUCUGCGAGAUGGCCUGGCAAGAAAGAACUCUGCCCAUUUUCUCUUAGAUUGAUGUGGCUUGUAUGCAAUAUUCUCUGUUGAUCUCUUCGGUCAUGGUAGUGAUUCUAAGAUACACUUGUUGUUUUGGCAUUGUCUGAGAAACUUGCUUCUGCAGUGGCACAGAAAUCCAGGACAAAGACGUGCGGCGGGAAACAACAGGAACCAAUGAUUUUCUAACGAAUUCCUGAAGCAGGAUCCCGAAGUCUGUUCUGACUCAACUUAUAUCAAUUCCUGUGCCUGAAAUGAACCACCGAAUAGAGUUGCCUUGUUUGCUACGGUUCUGAUGUUUCUCACAAAAUGGCAGAAUAUGCUUCGUAUGUCAUCGUUUUCUGGUCGAAUCAAGAAAUCCAGAUCUGAUCGUUCUCUAUUCGAUUGAAUAGCUCACAUUUGACAAUGGGAUAGGACAACAGGAUCUGGUCCAUAAUCUAUCCUUGUCAACCUCAUGAUAACUCUAUUUGUCAUUUGAUGAAUCGCCGAUUGUUAUAAGUGGCACCCAUGAUGACGCUAGAAGCAUAUCAGACGAUGUUAGUGGAAUAUCAGAGUUGCUUCUAGCAUUCUUCAAUAUGCUGAUAGGAUCCACGCAUUCUAGAAAAAGUGAUAAUACCCUGAGGCCAGUUGAACAUGAGUUGUCACAAACCUAACUAUGAGUCAUCAAGUAGUACCUUCCACGAAUGAUACACAAGCGGACGGCCUCCACCUUAUACAUAGGAGCGUACAGCACACUACAGUUCAUUUAGUCGCGUCGCAAGCAUAGGUAACAUGUAUUAAAAUUCGAUCCAAAUCUAUCAAACUGUAGAUCGAAACUUCGAGUAACGCAAUGGAUCACCAAACUUGAUAGUUCGAUUAAUAAUUGAAGUCCUACUCAUAAAUGCUUGACACACCUCCAAAGGUAACUCGAGGUAAGAAUGCAAAUAUCUUUAACAUUUACUUCAUAAAAAGACCUUUUUGAGACUUCUCGAAAAAUUUCAAAACAGCUAGUGCUUGCAUCUAGAACUUAAAAAAGCUAAAGAAUUAAGAAGAAUAUGCGUUCUCUGAAGCUUUUCCAAGUCUCUUACCUUAUUUUCAAGGAACAUUGAGGAAUCAGAGAGCUAUACUAAAGAAGGAAAUAUUUAAAUCUAUUUUCGGAAAUCAUAAAUUAUUUACUAGCUGCUUUAGAGACUCAAACUGAUUUUUCAAAUGAGAAAGAUAUUCAAAGAUCUUUUUUUGACUAAUAACUAAUGCAGUAGAUAUUUUGGAGAGCAUGAGAAAUUAUCCGGUGGAAAAGAUAUUGGCCAGACCUUCAACAGAAAUGAUCUCAUGUUUGUGGUGUCAUCGGCAGAAUACGGUGUUUUUCUCGUCUGAAUGCUGCUUCCCAGAUCACAGAAUAUUUUCCGCCGAAUAUGGCGGGAAUUAUACUACGAAUCUGGUGGAAUUACCUGGAAAAGAAGUCGUUUCUGGUGAGUUCCUGCUGUAUCCAGGAUUCAGAAUCAUCGAUCUAGGAUCUAACUAGUGAUUUAACAGACAACGAAACAGCCUAUUUUCAGAAUUUGAUUCCGUGUCUUUUGAGCUAAUAUUUAAAAGAUCCCAAUUAGAAAAGUUCACUUCUAAUCAAAACUAAUUUGAUAUUUGAAAUCACCAUGAAAAACUCAUAUAUUUUAUAUGCAUAGAAAAAAUUUUCCUUUGUCGCUCUAAGAUUCCAACUAUAAACUAAAUUCCAUCAAAACGUCAUUGUGAUAAUAUCAGAGAACUUCAGAAGCUUUUCAAGAUUAUCAGAUCAUAAAACAAAAUUUUUCAGUAAAAAAACUUCAAUGAAUUGUUUAAAUAAGACAUGAAUCGGCGCAGUUUUCAUACUUAUUCCAAAUUACGAUAUUAAUAUUGACUAUAAUCGACUUCUUUCUGUCCAAAGCUUUCGGAAUAAUAUAUAAACAGGCACAAAACCACGCUUCGAAAACAAUCUGUUUGAUUAUUCGUAAUUUCAUUUUAAGAAGAAAGACGUUUCGAAAGAUACAAUAGGAUUACAGUGUAGCACCUGUAUAUGCUAUUGCAAUAGCUAAAAACUGAAUAGUGCGCCGAGAUAUCAACUAGUAACAUGUCGAACUAUGUAUUUUUUUCGUGUACAAUUUUACUUGAUUAAGAAUAAAACUCGUAGAGAGCCGAUGCGAGGUUUUUAUGUACGUUUUGUUUUUCUUUGUGUGAUUUUCAUUUUCUAUAUAAGGUACACAUCAGAAGACGCUGAAAAGGCACCAUUACCAAGUACUAUUGAUUCUUUAAUAACAGAAUUUGGUCGUAUGCUUAUUAUUCGUUGUUUACGUCCUGAUCGUAUAACACAUUGUGUAUUAAAUUUUGUUACACACAAUAUUGGAUCGAAAUUUGUUGAACCACCUAUUCUUCAAUUAAAUACUAUUCUUGAAGAAUCUAAUAAACGUUCACCAUUAAUUUUUCUUUUAUCACCAGGUGUUGAUCCAGCACCAAAAUUACAGCAAUUAGCCGAAGAUAAAAUGAUGGCAAAAUCUCGAUAUUAUACACUUUCAUUAGGACAAGGACAAGCACCAAGAGCACGAAAAUUAUUAGAAGCAGGCAUGAAAAAAGGUCAUUGGGUAUUUUUGGCAAAUUGUCAUUUAUCAAUUAGUUGGUUACCUGAAUUAGAUAAAAUUGUUGAACAAUUACAAACAGCUGCUGUUCAUAGUGAUUUUCGUUUGUGGUUAAGUUCUUCGCCUACAAUAGAUUUUCCGAUUUCUAUUUUACAAAUUGGCUUAAAAAUUACCAAUGAACCACAAAAGGGUAUCAAAGCAAAUAUGAAACGUUUAUAUGAAUUAAUAACACCAGAACAAUUUCAAAGAGUAAAACAAGAUGAAAAAUAUCGUAAACUUUUAUUUACAUUAGCUUUUAUUCAUUCGAUUGUUAUUGAGCGUAAAAAAUUUUUACAACUCGGCUGGAAUAUACAUUACACAUUUAAUGAUUCAGAUUUUCAAGUUUCAGAAAAUUUAUUAGCUAUUUAUUUGGAUGCAUAUGAUAAAACUCCAUUUGAUGCACUUAAAUAUCUUAUUGCAAUUGUUAUAUAUGGUGGACAUUGUACUGAUGAAUGGGAUAUGAGAUUACUACAUACUUAUAUCGAUUCAUAUAUUCGUAAUGAAAUUCUUGAAGUUACAUAUUAUAAAUUAUCUUCAUUAGCAUAUUAUUACAUGCCUCGUGAUGGUACAUUUAAAUUAUAUAAAGAUUUUAUUAAUUCGAUGCCUACAACGGAUCAUCCUGAAGCGUUUGGACAACAUCCUAAUGCUGAUAUUGCAUCACAAAUUCAAGAAUCAAAAACCUUGUUUGACACAUUGUUAGCUGUCUUACCACAAAAAUCAUCAGCAACUGUAGAAAAAGAAGUCGAAAAUGAGGUAGCUAAAGCAGCAAGUGAAAUGCUCAAAUUAAUGCCACAUCAAGUUGACAUUGCAGCAGUAAAGAAAUAUAUGUUAAUUGAUACAUCACCAUUAUCUGUUGUUCUUUUACAAGAAGCUGAACGAUACAAUACACUAUUAUUGAAUAUUACUAUUGCAUUAAAUGAUCUACUUAAGAGUAUCGAAGGUUUAGUUGUUAUGACAGUUGAACUUGAUGAACUUUUCAAAUGUAUUUAUGAAGGACGUCUUCCAUAUGCUUGGCAACGAACCUAUCAAUCAUUAAAACCUCUUCCUGCUUGGUUUCAAGAUUUACGUCAACGAAUAAAUUUUUUCAAUUCAUGGAUCGAAAGUCAACGUCAGCCUAUAAUCUAUUGGAUAUCGGCAUUUUCUUAUCCAACUGCUUUUCUGACUGCUGUACUGCAAAGAACAGCACGAAAAGAUCAGAUUGGUGUUGAUCAACUUUCAUGGGAAUUUGAAGUUAAUAAAGCAGAAGAUAAAUACCUGUCGGAUACAGAUGAUGGUGUUUAUGUGAAUGGGUUAUAUUUAGAAGGAGCUGGUUGGGAUCGAAAACAAGGAAUGUUAUGUGAAGCAAAAUCUAUGGAACUUGUAACAUUAAUGCCAACAAUACAUUUUCGACCAAUUGAAUACAAGAAAAAGUUGACUAGAGGUCUUUAUAUUGCUCCAUGCUACUAUUCAUCUAUUCGAGUUGGAUCAUUUAUUGUUGCAAUCGAACUUAAAACAGGCUCUAUGCCAGCAGAACAUUGGAUCAAAAGGGCAACUGCUUUACUAAUGAAUCUUGACAAUUAA